CAUCACUAGACCACUGAGAAAGAGAGAAAAAACUUCAAUCUCCUUGGAACAGCUCAAGCCAUGAAUGUUCUCAUCAUAUUUUGUCUUUUCUUUGCAUUGUCUUGUCUGAUAGAAACAGGAACAACAACAGCAGGCAGAGAUGGGGUUUAUAUUGUUUACAUGGGAGCCGGCAAAGGUUACUUGGAGAACUAUUAUGUCCAGCUUUUGAGCUCUGUAUCAAAAGGGAAAAAGAAUGCUAUAUUACGGAGCUACAGGCAUGGAUUUUCUGGUUUUGCAGCUCGUUUAUCAGAAGCAGAGGCGCAAUCAAUUGCUCAGAGACCUGGAGUUGCAUCUGUUUUUCCUGAUCCUGUCUUCCAACUCCAUACUACUCGUUCAUGGGAGUUCUUGAAGUAUCAAACUGAUGUUAAGAUUGAUUCAAAUCCCACUUCAGACUCUAGCACAUCCUCUAAUGGAUCGGACACAAUCAUUGGAGUCAUCGAUACAGGUAUUUGGCCCGAAUCAGAGAGUUUUAGUGAUAAGGAUAUGGGUCCAAUUCCAUCUCGCUGGAAGGGAACUUGUGUAAAAGGUUACAGCUUCAACCAAUCCAACUGCAACAGAAAACUAAUCGGAGCAAGAUUUUACGAAAGCCAAGAUGAUGAAGAUGAUGAAAUCUAUCAAACACCUAGGGAUAUGAUUGGACAUGGCACUCACGUAGCAGCAACCGCAGCAGGAGCUGUGGUGUCACGAGCAUCUUACUACGGCCUGGCGGAGGGAGCUGCGAAAGGUGGCUCCCCCGGGUCGAGGAUCGCUGUAUAUAGAGUAUGUUCAGAGAAUGGAUGCCAAGGCUCCAGCAUACUAGCUGCAUUUGAUGAUGCAAUAGCAGAUGGGGUUGAUGUAUUAUCAAUAUCACUCGGUCCACCAUCCUUAUUUGCGCCUGAUUUGAACAAGGAUCCUAUUGCCAUUGGAGCAUUCCAUGCAGUUGAGAAUGGGAUCACCGUUGUCUGUUCUGGUGGGAACGAUGGUCCUACGUCAGGAACAGUAGUAAAUGCUGCACCAUGGAUUCUCACAGUUGCUGCGACAACCAUUGACAGGGAUUUUGAAUCAGAUGUUCUGUUGGGUGGAAACAAAGCAAUAAAGGGCGAAGGAAUAAAUUUUGCUAAUAUUGGAAAAAGUCCAGUGCAUCCUUUGAUAUAUGGGAAGUCAGCCAAGAACCCUGAUUCAGGUGAAGAAGAAGCAAGAAAAUGCCAGCCAGGUUCCAUGGACGAGGAGAAGAUCAAAGGAAAGAUUGUACUCUGUGAUAAUGAAGGUGGAGAAUACUCAGAUGCGAAGAAGGAGGAAGUGCAAAGCUUAGGAGGAAUUGGUCUAAUUUUGGUUGAUGACAAAUCAAGGGCAGUUGCAUCUACUUACAAGGAGUUUCCAAUGACCGUCAUCAGUUCAAAGGAUGCUGCUGAAAUUCUUUCUUACAUAAACUCAACUGAAAAUCCAGUCGCAACUAUCUUACCUACCACAGUGGUGACAAAUUAUAAGCCUGCACCGGCUGUUGCAUACUUCUCAGCUAGAGGUCCUUCCAUCACAAGGAAUAUCCUCAAGCCUGAUAUUGCAGCACCAGGAGUUGACAUAAUUGCAGCAUGGAUGGGCAAUGAUACAGAGGAGACUGUUAAAGGUAAAGAGCCACCACUAUUUAAUGUGCUCUCAGGAACUUCCAUGGCAUGUCCACACGUCUCAGGAAUUGCAGCAGCAGUUAAAUCCCAGAAUCCUACAUUGAGUCCAUCUGCAAUUAAAUCAGCCAUUAUGACAACAGCAUCUCAAACCAACAACGUUAAGGCCUCCAUAACAACAGAUUCAGGUGCCAUAGCCACUGCUUAUGAUUAUGGGGCAGGAGAAAUAAGCACAACUGGACCACUGCAACCAGGGCUAGUUUAUGAGACAACAACCGUCGACUACUUAAACUUUCUUUGUUAUUAUGGAUAUGAUACAUCCACAAUAAAAGUCAUCUCUGCAACUCUUCCGGAAGGUUUUACUUGCCCAAAGGAAUCAAGCUCGGAUCUUAUAUCUAACAUCAACUAUCCAUCAAUUGCAGUUUUCAACCUCCCUGCAAAUCAGAUUAGGAAUGUAAGCAGAACUCUUACAAACGUUGGUGGAGAUGGUGAUACAUCGUACACUGCAGUGCUUUCUGUGCCUUAUGGACUAGAAGUUGCAGUUGGUCCAAAGGAACUAAAAUUUACAAAGAAUGGACAGAAACUGAGCUACCAAGUUUAUUUCAAAGCAUUUUCAACUCUGGAGGAUGUGUUUGGAGCAAUUACUUGGACUAACGGAAAAUUCAAGGUCCGUACCCCAUUUGUUGUAAGCAGUAGAAGUAGUAAAAAGUGAUCAAACAAUGUGUAGUAAUGGUACAGGAUGUAAUUUACAAUUAAUAAAGGCUGCUGUAGCACAUCAACUCCACUAAUUAUUAAAUGCAAAAGCCAAUUUAGUGUUGCAGUUUGUUUCA